AUGACUUUACAAGACGCGAACUCAAGAACUGGUUCCAUUGUGGAUAAUGGAUCUACUGGUAGCGCUAGUCUCGUGAAUGAGAUCGACAUUGGUCUGGCUUUGGGUGGUAACUCUCCUCUCUCGUCUGUGGGUCCAACUUCGGAGCCCACACCUAUGUUGCUGGAUGAUCGAGUAGGUCAGGUGGAGACCACUCCGGAGGCUUCAAUUGACUAUGCCGUAGAGGAAGUCAGACUGGAGAUCAAGAAGUGUAUAGCAGCUUGGUCAACUGCUCGUAUCCAAGGUGAUCGCAACGCUGAGGAUGAAGCCAUGGGUGCAUUAAAGCGCUCAAGAAUGGCACUUAAGGAUUUGGAGGACACGCGUGAGGCACUGUUGUCCUCUGGUAAGCGACCUGAGCCCCAACAAGAGAGGCUACGACUGAACUUGAGUCGUAAGGACUUGCCAAGAUUCCAGCUGAGUUCUGACAUCAUCUUGCCACGAAUGCCUGGUGAGGAAGUGUUUGAAUCUAGGUCAGAACGUGACACUGUGGAGCAAUUCUUGAAGACGUGGGAGCGUAUUGCAAACCCAAUGACUGGAAACAAAUUGCAUCUUUACUGGAGAGAUCUGUUGCCUUUGAGCCUUCCAGCUGGUGAUGAUACGUGGAUCGAGGAGGUGUUGAAGAAAUGCCCUUCUUGGGAAGCUGCCAAAGAGGAGUUCCGUAAGCAUCAUGGGUCCACUACUUCCACCAAUAGGUUUGUACAAAAGGUAUACACCAUGACGAUGAGACCGAAUGAAAGCAUCAUCAAUUACUCGCGACGUUUCAUCCAAACGAUCUUCAAUGCGGGUAUCCCAAGAGAUGACUUGCGGAUUGGUGAGCGUUGUUGUAUCCAAGAUACAACUAUACGUCUUAAACUACAGAACGACUUCAGUACCUGCUUGGCAAUCUGA